AACAUUGAUUAAGCGCUUCUUCUGGCACUCUUUCUCAUUCUCUCUUCGUUCUAUCACCGAAACCCUUCUUCCAUUACCGGCGAACGAAGUCGGUGGCAGAAAAGGAACAACCUCGAUUCCCAAAUCGUAAAAUCCGAUGACGACCGCUGCAAGACCCACAUGGGCACCUGCUAAAGGUGGCAAUGAACAAGGCGGUACUCGAAUUUUCGGUCCCUCACAAAAGUACUCUUCUAGGGACAUCGCAUCGCACACCACUCUCAAGCCCAGGAAGGAAGGGCAGGACACUCAGGAUGAAUUAAAGAGAAGAAACCUACGUGAUGAACUGGAAGAUCGUGAACGAAGGCAUUUCUCAUCAAAAAAUAAAUCUUAUGAUGACAGGGAUCACGGAAAGGGUAGCCAUCUGUUUUUGGAAGGUUCCAAGAGAGACAUUGAAGAUCGCAUUGUUGCUCGUAGUGUUGAUGCAGAUGAUUCUGACGUUGAAGUCAAAAGUGAUGAUGACAGUGAUGAAGAUGAUGAUGAUGAGGAUGACACUGAAGCAUUGCUGGCUGAGCUUGAACAAAUAAAGAAGGAAAGGGCAGAGGAAAAGCUACGCAAGGAACGACAACAACAGGAGGAGGAGCUUAAAGUAAAGGAGGCAGAGCUUCUGCGUGGAAACCCACUGCUAAAUAAUCCAACAGCAUCUUUCAAUGUGAAAAGAAGGUGGGAUGAUGAUGUGGUGUUUAAGAACCAGUCCCGUGGUGAAACCAAAACAGCUAAGCGAUUCAUCAAUGACACCAUCAGGAAUGAUUUCCAUAGAAAAUUUCUGCAUAAAUACAUGAAGUAAGUCCUUGUGCCAGAAGUCCGAGUUGUUUGGAUUUUGGUCUCAACAGAACUUAUUAAUUUGCAGUUUGUAUCUAAAUGUAUGAUUCAAUGUUGAUGGAUAUAUUUGUUUCUCUUAUAACCGUAUUUUAACAUGUUACUCGUAGUUGCUGUAACAUGGUGUAUGCUUGUUAAUGCCAACUGGGUUUAAGAGUCAGACCAUAAAAUAACAUUCAAUGAAGUUGUCUCUCUCUCACCCUA